GAUCAAGUGAACAUUGCCAACGUCAUCGACUUUCUCACACUUGGCGUUCAGUGAACGAACACUGCGGUCGCUGACCGGCAGAACACUGCUCCAACCUGCACGAUGAAGUCCAGAGCAGAAUUUCUGUCACUUGCCGAAGAAUCACAGUUUUAUAUCCUGAAAUUUUUGCCCUACCGAGAUAUCCUUCGCUGUACAUUGGUAUGUAGGUCCCUUCGCCAGGUGUACAUAUCGUACUCCGAGCUUCAGUACAUCGUUGAACUCGGCGGUCAACAACUGCUCCAUGUCCCCGACACAGAUCCCAGCAACCGCACUUCCAUCUCUCAGCGCCUAAAACUUCUGAGGGACAGACCUCACGCGUGGCUCAAAUUUGGCGUUCAACCUUGCGCAAAAAUCUCCAUACCAGAACAAUUCCACGAUGGAGAUCAAUCAGGAUGGGUUGCUAAUGGGCAUCUCUGCCUCUGGAACAGCAAACAAGGCUUGGUCAUGGUGUCCCCGAUACUACCAAAGGCCUCACAACAGACAAUCAAGCGUGAUCCGUCUACAAGGCCGCUGUAUUCAAAUCCCAACGCACACAUAUUCGAUGUGUUCAUGGACCCAGCACAAAACCUGAUUGCCAUCGCGUAUGUCAUUACUGAUGAUCAUCUCGAGUCGGGAAACGCAAUGUUCUGCAUUGAAAUUGAAGCCCUGGAUGGAAGUGGUAUUCAUCCCCGAGCUGCUGGACAGACACUAUCUCUGUUUGAGCUGCCUGGAUAUGAGCAGCCCGCCGAGGUGGGCUCAAACCACCUCAAGCUCAAGGGUUUAGGCAGGCAUAUCGCUUUCAAGUGCUGGCGCUCCCCGCAAAACGAUGGACCAUGGUAUGAGUAUACUUCAGACCUGUGGGUGUUGCAGAUCUGGGACUGGCAACGCUCAACAACAUCCAGUUGCGUCCUCAUUGUUGACGACGCAGACCCAGCAUAUGACGGGGCAACUGAUUUUUGUUUCCUCGGAAACGAUAGAUUGCUUAUUUUCGACGAAAAGUUGAAACUGUAUUCAAUCGAGAAUAUGUCCCAAGCACCGCAAUUCCUGGCUUGCUUCUUGGUGCCUAUCACAACAUUUACCAUAGGGUGCACAGAGUGCGCCCUUCCGAUGGAUGGCAGCACGCAGCCACAGAUGCAAACCGAACAAACGAUGUGGACCUCUGACCCAAAAAACCAACUAUUGAAAUUACGCUUUGACAUAUUCCGACCACCAUCCCUGGAUCGUUCGAUUCCAUUCGACUCGAUUUUCAUCUUCAUCAUUUCUACCAGGAUUUUCUUCAACACUGGCUUCUCUGGGGACAUGAAAGUGGGGAUACCGUGGAAAGAAUGGGGCCCUUCAAAUUCUCGCGCGUUCCGAAUGAACAGCAGCUGUGUUGGCGUUAGCGGAAAUCGAGUUUUGCUAGCAUCCUCUGCAAACGUGUAUGGCGCGGAGCAUGAAUUACAGGUGAUGGACUUCAGCCCAUUAGCUGUUGAGCGCCGGAAGGGUCUGGGACGAGUAGUGAAAGGACCAUCUACGUUAGAAAUCAGCAAGCCCAAGUCAGGUGAAGAGGCGACCUUCACGACAAACUUGCCUUACGUCAAGGUUGUGUUGAACAAAACAUUCGGCGGUGUCCCGAUUUGCAGAAUCUGGAUUGAACAAGACAGAAUUUACAUCUGUGGUAAAUAUCGGCACAGAUUCAAGCUCGAAGUCAUUGAGAUAACGUCAAGGGCGGCAGAAGCGGCAGAAAUCACACAAGCAGAUCUAGAAGCAAUCAAUCAGUCCUUGUAGCACCACGAAAAAUCGGAUACAACAAUGCUCUCGUUCACAGUUAGCAUGUGGAGCUCACUACGUCGUCAGACUAGUACAGAUCACCAGUCACUUCUCAAAAUAAGAAAACGCGUAAUCAGCCAUGUUAAGCUUCAACCGAACCAA